CUGGAUGUCUUGCUUACCUUUACCACUCAAUCCUCUAGACACGUUCCCAAAUGUCCUUGUCAAAAGUCAAACACAUAUUACUUGUCCUCUCCGGCAAAGGCGGAGUUGGCAAGUCUUCAGUGACCACACAACUAGCCCUCUCACUCUCCUUGGCUGGUCACUCCGUUGGUGUUCUCGAUGUUGACCUCACAGGUCCCAACAUUCCACGCAUGUUUUCGGUCGAACAAGCCAAAGUAACACAAGCCCCAGGCGGUUGGCUCCCGGUCCCAGUUCAUGAAUCAAACCCCGCCUCCAACAUUGGUUCCUUACGCGUCAUGAGUCUCGGCUUCCUCCUCCGCGAUCGAGGCGAUGCCGUAGUCUGGAGGGGUCCCAAAAAGACAGCAAUGGUUCGCCAGUUCCUUUCGGACGUACUAUGGGGAGAAUUGGACUUUCUCCUAGUCGACACACCACCCGGUACGAGUGACGAGCACAUAUCGCUAGCUGAGACGCUUCUACAAAAGACUAUUCCUGGUCAGCUGGCCGGUGCGGUUGUUGUCACAACACCACAGGCCGUUGCAACCGCCGACGUUCGCAAAGAGCUCAACUUUUGCAAAAAGACAGCCAUACCGGUACUAGGAGUGAUAGAAAACAUGAGCGGCUACAUCUGCCCUUGCUGCGGGGAAAAGACAAACAUCUUCAUGUCUGGAGGAGGAGAAGUCAUGGCCAACGACUUUGGAGUCAAGUUCCUGGGAAGGAUACCUAUAGACCCUGUGUUUGUCGAGCUCAUCGAAACCGGUAGGCGUCCAAGAUAUCAAGCCCCCACGAAAUCGGACCCUGAGGAGUCACAAUCCGAAAGCGAGGCCAGGGAUCCAGGACUGCUUGUUGAAAAGUACACCGACAGCAUACUGGCACCUAUAUUCGGAAACAUUACUGCCGAGCUCAUCAGGCCAGUAUCAAAUGGAUGAGCGCGUUCAAGGUCACCCAUGAAUCGACACCUCCGUACAUUUUGACUGAAACCCGGAAAUUACGGAUCAAGCUUCUUGAGGCGGCCAAGCCAACCGGACAUCAAAAUCCUGUACGAUGUUGCGCUGCUCCAGCCCCACAACUACGUAAUGUCCAGGGACCCUAGCGUACCCCACAGAGGCUAGGAAGAAGCUCUGUUCCUGGACACACAAGUUCAAGAUGAGGGCUCAAGGUACAGGUAAAAACGUCUAGACGAAUUUACGGCACGGGUACACGUUUAUAGUUGCAGUUGCUUUUAUAACGGCCACUGCAGGUCAUUGAUCUUGCAGGCUUGCCAAGUGCCCAUCGCAAGAUUCUGUAACUGCGGGGUUUUUGACCGCUUAUAGCAGCUUUGUUCGGUCGCGAAUUAUGCACUGCGCCCACCUUGGGCAUCGGCGAUCCCACCCAAUCCAUGGCGGCACACAUGCAAAAUUUCCAUCCAAACAAAACAAAAUUUUCUCUGACCUUUUCAUUGUUUGAGAACUGACUGUUCAAUUCUUCCCAACCAACGCUUUGAGAAUCUGCGAGUAGCGGUUGGUGAUUACGAGCUUCCACCACUUUACCAUCUAUAUAUCCUCUACCUUGAUGCCAAACUCAACAUCUUGACGACCUAGCUCAACAACGCAAGUCACUUCUCGACCCCGUAGUCUCGUAACCAAAGCCCACCAUUCCUUCGCUAAGGAUAUUCCUUCCUCUCCCCGGCCGACCUCCCUAACGUCCUUCAAGAGACGUUAGACAAAUCCUCCUUCUAUACGAUCAGUAUAUUGGCAUUGCCAUUCUUUGUCGCCCAACACCAGUCCUGUGGGCCUACUCUCUCAGACGGAACCGCAAGGUCUCUGCUGAGUGGCAGUCAGUGUCCCGCGGAAGAAUCCUCUUGGACCCGAGCGCCUGAACAUAACAUUGAACUUGAUAAACAUGGGUUGUGAGACUGGAAACAACGAGGGCCAGAGCUACAGCUUGCCCAGCGCCCCUCAGCUCACCAUCAACCAUGAUGUUGCCCAAGACCUAGACUCCAGCGGUGCAUUUGAGGGACCCGAGAAACUUCUCGAGGUGUGGUUCGCCCCCUCUCCCAGUGCCCUUCCAUUGGGCACCAAGGAAAAUGGCCUCAAGUCGGUUCCUUCAGACAACUGGGUUGAGAUGCUUGACAUGGUCAACUGCAAGAUUCUCUCAGUCGUGCAGUCGUCUGUUGUUGAUGCAUACCUCCUGUCCGAGUCAUCUAUGUUUGUCUUCCCGCACAAGAUUAUUCUCAAGACCUGCGGAACUACGACCCUACUUCUGGGGCUCGCCAGGCUUCUGCGCAUUGCCGCCGUCGAUGCUGGUUUCCCGGUCCACAAUGCAUCCUCUGCUGAGGAUGAAAAGGCCGCUGCCACACCGUACCGCGUCUUUUACAGUCGCAAGAACUUCCUCUUCCCGGACCGCCAGCGCGGCCCUCACCGCAGCUGGAAGCAGGAGGUCAAGUACUUGGACAGCAUGUUUGAGGGUGGCAGCGCGUACAUGGUCGGCAAGAUGAACGGUGAUCACUGGUACCUCUACAUGACGAGCCCUGGUUCCACUGCUCUCACGCCACCUCAGACGCCGCCGGCUGGCGACCUCAUGCGUAUUCCCACAGGUCUUCAGACCUCAGGAAGUCGUGAAGAUGACGAGACGCUUGAAGUCCUGAUGACGGACUUGGAUCCUGAGAAUGCCAAGCAAUUCUACCUGGAGCAAGCCAGUGCCUUGGCGUGCAAGCAGGCGGCACUCGCCCAGCAUGCCAGGGAGGAGGCCCAUGCUGCUCUGGACAAGGGCGCUUCAAGUGACGAACUGGCCACAGAGGCUCUCACCACCGAAGGCCACGCUCUCGGUACUGUCGUGUCAGACACUUGUGGCCUUUCAGACGUGUAUCCCAAGUCCAAGUACCCGGACGCACGCAUCGACGCUUACAUGUUUGAGCCGUGCGGCUUUUCGGCGAACGGUGUGGUGCCAGCACCGUCUGAUUCGACUGGUACUCAGGGUAACGAGCACUAUUUUACGGUUCAUGUGACUCCGGAGCCUAACUGUUCGUACGCGUCGUUCGAGACCAAUGUUCCCGGUGGUCAGAAUGGACGAGAGACUGUCGACAUCAUUGGGCAUGUUGUUGGUAUCUUCAAGCCUGGAAGGUUCAGCGUGACGCUUUUCGAAGGCAAGGGCCGUCAGCGUGGUGAGAACGGUGGAGCCAAGGCUGACCAGAGGCUGAGGGUUGACAGCGUUCCGGGAUACCGACAGAUGGACAGGAUCGUGCACGAGUUUGAUGACUACGAUCUUGUGUUUCGCUUCUACCAGCGUGAAGGCUGGGUUGGUAAGGAAGGUGCCAGGGUUGGAGAGGAUGAUCUGUGAAUCGAUUUCGAAUUGAUCUGGCAAUUUAUGUCUUGGUAUUCUUUGAUAUUCUUCGAGUCUAUCUUUUCAGGUACUUUUAACAUGUUUUCUCGGUUCAUUGCAGUGGUAUUAGGCUCUCUCAUUGCAGUCGCAUUCCAUACCUGUCGUUCCGAGGUAGCCAUCGCCCAACGACCAGUGAGACAUCCAACACCAGCCACAAUUGCCAAAACCGGUGAUGACCCGCCUAUCUAUGGAAUGUGCUGUCUUGACUGGCAGGCGAAGACACUUGCAGCUGAGGGCAAUAUGAACUCAUGGGAUGCUCCCAAGAGGGAGUCGAUUA